CAUCCGAAUUUCCGGCCGUUCCGGCGCUGCGGGAUGGCGGCGGUGCGGCGCGGGGCGGCCGCUGUGGCGGCCCGGCUGAGGGCUGCGCUCUUCCCCCGCAUCGCGUUUCCGUACCGCGUGGAGCUGAAGCAGGGAAAGAAAUACGCGUGGUGCUCGUGCGGGCACAGCCGGGCGCAGCCGUUCUGCGACGGCACGCACCGCACCUCGGCUCCGGACAGCGUUCCGUUGCGUUUCACGGCGGAGGCGGACGGCAAAGUGUGGCUGUGCGGCUGCAAACGGACCCACCCCCCCCGGUGCGACGGCAGCCACCUGCGGCUGUGGGAGGCGGGGAGCGGAGCCCGGCGCUGAGCUCCGUUGCUGAGCCCCCUCCUCACCCCCGUGACCGCAUCCUGCGGGGCACCCCGUAGGGAUGCAGCCCCUGCGGUCGUGCGGGGGUGCGUGGCACUGAGCAGCGUUUAUUGCACGUCCUGAGCUGGGACGUAAUGCGAAUGUUUGCCUGCUAACUGUACGGGAUGAUGCAAAUAUAUGGUGGGAUGUGACGGCAGGUGGGA